CGAUCUUCUAAGUUUCUACUACAGCAGACUCAAGAUGGCCUCAAUUGCGUCAAACUCAAGUAAAAUGCUGCUUAAACGUUCCAGUGCUAGACAUCAACCCGUAUGCAAUGCCUGUCGAGGCUUCAGCAGCUCGUCCGCGCUGUUCUCCGGCCACAACAGGUGGUCGACCAUCAGGCAUGACAAGGCGAAGAACGACAAGGCGAAGAGCAAAGAGCGUCAGAACAUAAGCAAGGAGAUCCGAACUGCUACCCAGAUGAUGGGCCCCGAUCCGAAGUUCAAUCCCCGUUUGACUCUCGCACUUGCCAACGCAAAACGAGCCGGAAUGCCCAAGUCGGUGAUCGAGACAGCAAUUGCCCGCGGCCAAGGAAUAAGCAUUACUGGAGAGUCACUCGAACCGUUGACCAUUGAGGCUAUCUUCCCGCCGUCCGUUGCGACUGUCAUAGAAUGCCAAACCGAUCAGAAGGCUCGCGUGCUUCAGGACAUUCGUGGUAUUAUCAAGGCCGCCGGCGGGACGAUAACACCUACCACCUACCUCUUUCAGAAAAAAGGAAGGAUCAUUUUUGAAAAGAAAGAUGAUGUCGACCCUGAUGACUAUCUAGACCAGGUCAUCGAGGCUGGUGGGACAGAUAUGACUGCAGACGACGAUGGUCGUCUGGUUGUGUUUACUGAACCUACGCAAACAAAGGGCGUUGGAGACGAACUCUCCAAACUAAUCGGCCUCAAUGUCGAGGAGCGAGAAAUCCUCUGGGAUCCAAAUCCGGAUACGAUGGUUAAUGUGGAGGAUGAAGAGCUAGCUAAAAAGCUCGAGCAAGCUCUUAACGCUAUACGUGAGGAUUCCAGUGUGCAAGAUAUCUAUGUCAACACUACCCAGAAGUUAUAAAAACAGAUACGAAUUCGAGCCAGAGCCAUUGACGUAGCCGAAGAAGAUUGGACGGAGUUGUCGAAUUUCGCAGUUGGCCAUGACGAUAUACGAUAUAAUAUAGAUUGCAUUCUCCCUGCGCAGCAGGCUACGUACAUUAUUAUGUUAAUGAAAACGGACGCACAUAUAUACACCAUUAAAGAAAGAAGCUUGAUCCAUAGAGUCGACAAAAUAACUCAAUUGUACAUAUUUCUGUCCAAACCUUCAUUCCUUCCGUAAAGCUUUCAUGGUGCUCCUCAUCAAGCUCGGAAUCCCAUGGCUCCCUAUCCCAUCAAGCCAGUCAAGCAUCCGCACUCGAUAAUCUUGCCAAGUUAUUUUUACGCCGCCUUCUUUCUCCAACGAAUUCAACGCUUUUUGUGUGACGGGUUUCCUCAGUCGAGGCCGGGACUCAUUAGCGUCGUUUUCAUCCUCGAAAUCUGCGAACGAAGCCGCUGAGAAAUUGCACAGGGCCACAUGGUGGCUAACAGAAAAUAACAAAGGAAGUUUAUAAUGGAAUGGGAAUUCGCGUUUGCGUUCUCGAGCGGUCUCGUUGACGUCGCGGACGUAUUGUGUUAGGGCAGUUACAGUCAUCUCCGGGAUCAAACAGCCCCGUGCAUCUGCGUCUUCCGUAUUCAGGGCCCUGUUACGCCAGACCAAGUUGCAGAUAUCCAUGACAUAACCAUUAAACUGGCCGACCAGCUCUGUCGGGUAGAGUCGCUCUUGGAGGACUUCUGAAGUCAAGGAUUCCUCAAAUGAUAACUUGUAGACAGAAAGGACAGAGGAAAGAAUGGAAAGAAGAGAGCUGAUUGGCGUGAAAGCGACAGAGUAGACUGUCGGAGCCAAGGGAAUUGUGAGACGAAUGCUCUCGUUUACAGAAGCAUGAGAGAAAAGCUCGGCAAGUACACUGUAGAAUUCAAUAACAGAUAGUACCGCUGGCCUGGUCUUUUCUGCAUCUUCGCUG